AAAAGUGAUGAAAUUCCUUUUAUAAAACUAUGAAAAUGUUCAAUUAAUUUAAAUGAGUUAAUUAUCACCUCAAUUUUAAUUUAAAAACGUUUAAUAUUUUCUAGUAAUUGAUAUAUUUUAAGUGGCAUCGUAAGCGCAUUCUCUUGAAGAUGUAAACAGUUGUCGGGAUCCGCACGAUGGUCACCUGAAAAUUAAACAUGAGAUUAUUUAGGCGUAAAAUAGCGAUCAUAGUUGUUCUUGCUUAUGCUAUAUUUUCACUGUAUGCCGCAUAUAAUGUGUUUUUUAGUAAAAGGGUCAUAUCUCGUGUUCAUCGAGUAGUCAAAAAGGGCUCUGCGACUUUAGAUAAUGGGAACGCAGGUGAAGAAGCGUGGAACCCGUGGGAAGAAGACGAUCGUGCUUACUCUAUUGCAGUCCAAAAAAAUCGAGAUGCAUUCAGAUCAUACCAAGAACAAAUUGCUAUUAGCAGGCCAAAAAGAUAUAAAGUUCAUAUCUGGGGAAAAGCUGCCAUAGGACUUUAUCUCUGGGAACACAUUUUAGAAGGUCCUCUCAACCCACCGGACAAAUCUAGCCAAUGGAGAGAAGGGGAGAUCGAGUCGGGGAAGAUCAAUUUCAGUUUCUACACAGGUCCAGCGGUAGUCCAAGGACACAUUGCUCUCGACACAGACAGUGUGGUAUUAGUGCUGAAUGGUCGUGUGCAGCAAAAAAUAUCCUACUCCAUCCAGUGGCUUCAGUACGUCCAGGGCCUGGUGCAGGCACACACUGUGUCCCGAGUGGCUGUGGUCCUUUUGGGCAAUGAGGAGUGCAAUAAUGACUGGAUAAGUUCUUACCUGAAAAGGAAUGGAGGAUUUGUGGACCUUCUCUUCCUUGUGUAUGACAGCCCUUGGGUCAAUGAUAAAGACAUCUUCCAGUGGCCGCUAGGUGUUGCCACCUACAGGAAUUUCCCUGUAAUCUCACUUAGCAGUCAGAUGAUCAACUCUGCUAGACCAUACCUCUGCAACUUCCUCGGGACUGUCUACAAAAAUUCCUCAAGGGAAACUCUGAUGAACAUCCUUAAGCAGAAAGGAAUGGAGAAAGAGUGUAUCAUGCAUGCUAGAGAGAAGUGGCUUCCUCAGGAGACGACCGACACUUCCAGAAAGUACCAGAUGGCGUUAGCACAAAGUGACCUCACCCUUUGUCCAGUAGGAAUAAACACAGAGAGCUAUCGCAUCUAUGAAGCAUGUGCCUAUGGCUCUGUGCCUGUAGUGGAGGACGUCCUGACUCCAGGGGACUGUUCAGCCAGCACCCGGUCCCCACUCCGACUACUUAAAGAUGCAGGAGCACCCUUCAUCUUUCUCAAGGACUGGAAGGAGCUGUCCGUUAUCCUGGAGAAGGAACGAGGAAUGAGCCAGAAAGAGAAAACGGAGAGGAGAAUGAAACUGCUGGAGUGGUACAAUGCUUUCCGUCAGCAGAUGAAGGACAAGUUUACAGAGGUCCUGGAAGAGGCAUUUUUUAAAGUCAGUUAGGAUAAGCUUAGGGAAUGUUAUUUUGACUCACAGCGAUGCUAUGCAUCGAUAUCGUAUUUUUAAAGAUACUUUUUUUGUUUAGUUUGUAUACUGUGAAGUUUUAUUUGUGAUGUGAUAUCGUAUUUUUAAAGAUACUUUUUUUGUUUAGUUUGUAUACUGUGAAGUUUUAUUUGUGAUGUGUUUGUAGUGUAAGUUGUUAAGUUGAUGUUAAUCAAAUGCUGCUGUGCAUUAAUGCCCUUAAUGUAUUAAUUUAUUAUACAUCAUGCCAUUUCAUGAAAAUAAGUAAGUGUAUACUUUAUAUAGUAGCCUAUAGUUUAAUAAAUUAUGUACCUAGCUGUGUUUUAUGAAGUUGUUAGUUUAGACAGUAAAUUUAACAUUACAUUUUUCACAUGUGUCAUAUGUUGUUUUCAGCUCGGUGCAGUACAAUAAAAGUCAUGAUUUUA